AGGACGGGGGAAAGUUCCCUCGAAAAGGCUCAUCCCGCCUGGUAUAAAGCUGCCAGACCUGUUGUCUUCACCUCCUUCGGCUCUUCAAGCACAUAUAUGUAUACAUGCUCAAUCAUUCGGCAGCUACGACUCAAGUCCAGAAACCGGCGCUGAUUUUCUCAACAAAGUUAAAUCACACAUUAGCUUGCAAUCACGAUGUUUCGCCGUGGGUCUUUAGCAGUUGCGGCGCUCAACUUCGUGCGUGCGGCGUCGAUUCUUAAAGGCGCCGAUCUUGAUGGAGAAUUCAAAGUCGUCAGCGACAACUCUGGGGUAGUCGGUGUGCACAUGUCCCUUCUUCCGGGCAACAAGCUUCUUCUAUCAGAACGUUUCCACGAAGUCCCAUCUGAAUGGCUCGGGCCGCGUUACCCAAACGGCGAUGCCAACGUGAUGUGGAACGGCAACCAAGACCAGAUGCAGUGGGCAGCAACCGCAGACGUCUACAAGCCCAACAAGAACCUCGUGGGUGUUCCGCUGACGGACACCGCCGAGUUCGAUAUCAACACGAACAACUUCACGAUGAUUGCAUACCCUGCCUUGAGUGGCGACGAAGGAUACGCGUUCUGUAAUGGAGCAUCGCAAAUGCCAGACGGUGGGAUCAUGGUCGUUGGAGGUGAUCAGAAGUAUGGAAUGACACUGAGAGGUGUCAACUACACCAGUGACGGUCGUCGUGACAUUCGCGUAUACAAGAAUGGCGCAUAUACGAAGGUCGCCGAGAUGAACUGGGUAAAACCAGACAAGACCUUCACCGGCCGAUGGUAUCCAACGGUAAUCGGACUUCCCAACGAGAACAUGAUGAUCAUCGGUGGCCAGAAAAUCUACUUUGAGCCUAACGAGCCUCGGGCGAACAAUCCGACCUAUGAGAUAUAUCAGGGCCCGGGCCAAGUCGCUGCGCCUGUCAAUGUGUCCAUCCUGCAAAAGAGCUUCCCCAUCAACAUGUAUCCCAUCUCAUACGUCAUGCCAAAGACUGGAAAUAUCUUUGCUUUCGCCGGCAACCAGUCCGCGAUUCUGGACAUCGCCGCCAAAUCUGAGACACCCCUUCCCCAGUUACCUAAUGACAACAUCUAUCCUCGGAGCUUCCCUUUCGCCGGCACGAACUUCCUGCUACCUCUGACCAAAGCGAACAACUACACGAUGACCAUUUGGGUGUGUGGAGGAGUUGAGAAAUCAACGGCAGCGGACGGCCCUGCGUGGUACUCCAAUUGCUCCGGAUGUAAAGGCGCCAGUCAGUGCUAUCAUAUCGAUCCUGAGAGCGAUAACCCGCAAUGGACCCCGGAAAACAUGAUCGAAGGUCGCUCGCAACCCAUCGCCGUCAGCCUUCCUGACAGCACAAUUGUAAUUCUUAACGGCGGUGCCAUCGGACAUCAAGGAGGCAACGCUGGUAUCCCAAUCGGUGGAAUAUCGCCCACGAACCGCGCUAUGAUCUUUGAUCCCAGCCAGCGAGACCCCGCCCUUCGCUGGCGGUUAGGUGCGACCGCAACGGUUCCGCGUCAAUAUCACGGUUCUGCGCUGCUUACGACGUAUGGCUAUGUGAUUAUUGGGGGAAGUGACGAGCAGAACUUUGGGAACACAGUAGCCGAUUCUCGCAAGGACCCGUACGAGAUGCGGCUUGAGGUCUAUUACCCUUCGUACUUCAAAAUCCCCAACCGUCCCGCACUCGAUUUGACUAGAGCACCCGCAAGUGUUCAUUACGGUCAGAAGUUCCUCGUGCAGUUCACCGAUGAUGUCGGAGCAAACAUCUCUUCCGUGAACUUCAUCAAAUACGCCACCUCCACCCACACAAUGAACAACGACCAACGCCUGGUUGAACUCAACAUCGAGAAGUAUGGCAAAAACAAGCUGCUCGUCACCACUCCUGCCAACUCCAGGAUUGCCACGCCAGGGAAUUACAUGCUGUGGGCUAUCGACAACCGCGGCGCGCCAGUAAUGCAGGCGGCAACAAUCAACCUUCGGGCUUCGAACGCUGGCACGGAUGUGACGUGGGACGAUGCGGACACGGUACAGCCCGCAGCUCCUCCAUCGGCGCAGCCUGGUUGGGGAAGCACGAACCCGAACCCUGCCAACAGGACCAAUAGCGAUGCGUCAAACUCGGCAGGCAGAACAAGUCCUGUCAGUGUAACUACUCUGAUGACUUUGCUGUUCUUGGGAAGUAUGUUUAUGUAGAGACAUUCGCGACUAGUUGCAUAUUGGCGUAGGACAUUUUCUGCUUGUAUAUAUUCACUUUGCCUCUGGUAAUUACAUAUCACCCCGAUCUUUAAUGUCCGUGUCAGCGGAAGCCUGGUGUUGGGGUAGAUCUAAAGUUUACCGGUAUGGGAAUGUGUGAUCACUACGGCUGCAACGCUCUCGUUGCGAUGCGUGAAAAUCAAGGAUGGCGGAAGAAACACUUGUCAUCUCAGGACGGUGGACCAACCGGAACCUCCGUCUUGAGCUCCCUGAUCUAGAGGCCAUU